CUCUUUCUGCUGCCACACGAAAACAGGAAAACCCCGAAAAUACAAAUUAUUAAGAAAUAGAAAGCACAUCUCCGGCACCAUCUAUCGCCUCAUCCCGAGAACGCGAAAGCCUCCGCCCGUGGGCGCAGACCGACCAGGUGAACGAUGAUGAUGAACUUCAGGGACUGGAUCUCAUACCGGCUCGGGUCGUCGCUGCUGUCGGCGAGGCCGCUCGCCAUCUCCGGGUCCGACGCCGGCGCCUCCCAGGGCGAUGGCGAAGGUACUCUCGGUACAACACAAAGUGAGUUUGUAGAGACCGUAUCUGCCAACAUAUUUCCUUCCAAUGAUAGCCGUGCGCUAGAGGUCACAUCCAACCCACAGGAUGCUGUUUCCUCUGGUCUUCUUCAGCCAGAUCAUGAUCACAACAAGUCAGAUCCACUAAAGCAAGUUGAGGCACUUCAAAUUAAGUUUUUGCGGCUGGUACACAGGACUGGACUGCCUCCCAGUACCAAUGUAGUUGCACAGGUACUGUACAGACUGCAACUUGCCAACUUGAUCAAGGCUGGUGAAUCAGAUGCGAAGAGAACUAACCUUGCUAUCAACAAAGCCAGAGUUAUAGCAGCAGAACAAGAAGCAUACGGUGGACCUGAUUUGGACCUCCCCUUGCGUAUUCUUCUUCUGGGAAAGACUGGUGUGGGAAAGAGCGCCACAAUAAACUCCAUGUUUGAUGAAACAAAGGUCACUACUAAUGCACUUGUUCCUGGUACUAGUAGGAUAAGGAGGGUUGAUGGAACUAUCAAAGGAAUACGAGUUACAGUUAUCGACACACCUGGUCUGGUACCUCACUAUCAUAGCCAACGGAGGAACAGGAAGAUUUUGCAUGCUGUCAAGCAUUUCAUUAAAAGAAACCCGCCUGAUAUUGUCCUAUACUUUGAGCGACUUGACCAUAUUAACAGCAGAUACAGUGACUACCCUCUGCUGAAGCUUAUAACUGAUACCUUGGGUUCUUCAAUAUGGUUCAACACUGUCCUUGUAAUGACUCACUGUUCCUCAUCUCCUCCUGAAGGACCAGAUGGUUAUCCUUUGGAAUAUGACGCGUACACCCGUUAUUGUAAGAAUGUCGUGGAGCGUCAUAUCCAGCUAGCAGCUUGUAACACACAGCUGGAGAACCCUAUUGUUCUGGUUGACAAUCAUCCAAUGUGCAGACGGAACACCAGGGGUGAAAGAGUUUUGCCAAAUGGGCAGGUAUGGGCAUCAGAACUUCUUUUGCUGUGUGGGGCGACCAAGUUGUUAGCAGAAGCAAAUUCCUUACUAAAGUUACAAGAUAGUUUUCUGCUGUCACAAGCAAAUGCCAGGCUGCCUUCACUGCCUCAUCUUCUUUCGUCACUCCUUAAACCUGCUGCAUCAUCAAGUUUUGAGGGCGUUGACAAUGAGAUGACUGAGCUAUCAGAUGAGGAGGAUGAAUAUGAUCAGCUACCACCUUUCCGUGUUCUAAAAAGAUCUGAAUUUGAAAAUUUGACCAAAGAACAGAAAACUGCAUAUCUUGAUGAACUGGACUACCGUGAGACUUCAUACCUCAAACAGCAGUGGAAGGAGGGAAUCCGGAGGCAAAAGCUUGCUGAAACUGAAAACAGCGAAGCAUCAUCUGCAGUUGCUGAUGAUUAUGAAGAGAGCACAUCCCCAGAAGUUGUGCAUAUAUCAGAUAUGGAAAUCCCACUAAGUUUUGACUCUAAUUAUCCAGCUCACCGCUACCGUCACCUUAUAACUAAUGAUCAGUUGUUUAGACCAAUUUUGGAUCCCCAAGGAUGGGACCAUGAUAUUGGGUUCGAUGGGAUCAAUUUUGAAGCAUGUCAUGAUUUAAAAAAGAACAUAUCCACAUCUAUCGCUGGACAGAUGAGGAAGGACAAAGAAGACAUGUAUAUGCAAUCGGAAUGUUCGGUAAGCUACAGUUAUCAAAGACGCUACUCAUUAAUGGGGGGCAUGGAUAUACAAACAGCGACCAAGGAUUUAGUUUUUACUGUUCAUGGGGAUGCCAAGUUUGAAAAUCUGCCUUGGAACACCACCGGAGGAGGUAUUUCUGUUACUAAAUUCGGGUCAAAGUAUUUUUCUGGGGCCAAAUUAGAGGACUGCAUCACCAUUGGGAAACGAGUCCACUUGGUAGCCAAUGCCGGGAGAAUGGUUGGUGGUGGACAAGUGGCAGAUGGUGGUAGCCUGGAAGUAACAGUAAGAGGAAAAGACUACCCUGUGAGAGAAGGGAGGACCAGCAUGGCGGCCACUGCUCUGUUCUUCGAGAAAGAGACUGUAAUUGGGGCGAAUCUUCAGUCAAUCUUCCGAGUGAGCCGUGGGUUAAAAUUAUCGGUCAGCGCAAACGUAAAUAGCAGAAAUCUAGGCCGGCUUUGUGUCAAGACCAGCACGUCGGACCAUGUGGAAAUAGCUCUGGUUGCGGCCGUCUCACUUGUCCAGUUCUUGCUAAGGAGAAGAUUGCCGCCGACUGACAAAGGCAACCAACAGCUUGAUACCGACUUAGAUGAGUAAGUGAGCAGAUAGAAGGAGAGCAGUCAAGCCAUGCCAUGUUGUAAACGUUCAGCAGUUGGGUGUCGUACUUGGUCAAGCUACUGUACCAGCCGCUAAUGUGGGGUUUCUAAUUGUACAGAUUUCCUAUAUCCAUGACUUUUUUUUUGAAACAAGGCAAAAUACUUGCUAUUUUCAUUGAUUAAGAAGAGGAGUUUGAUA